AACUAAACAAGAAACUACUUCCGGGUUCCGAAGAGGAAGCUUCAGGAAGCUUGCAUAACAAACCUCACAAAUGAUAUGACACUGUUCAUAAGAUAAAAUUGACAGUGUCACAAAGCUUUGUUUGACAACGUUAUUUGAAUGAGAAGUAAACACAAUGCCAAAAUACUACGAAGAUAAAGAAGAAGAUGGCAGAGCUUGCGCUGGUAUUCGAGAGGAUUUCAAAGCGUGUCUCCUUCAACAUGACUGCGUUUUAAAGGAAGGGAAGAAACCCAGUGAAUGCCUGCAAGAAGGACACUGCAAAGGCUUGCAAGUUUCAUUCUUCGAGUGCAAAAGAUCCAUGCUUGACGCAAGAUCUCGAUUCAGAGGCAGAAAGGGCUACUGAAUGAUAAGGGGUUGCAGACAGUCACUGUACAUCAUGUACGACAUCAUGUAAAAUUGUAAAUAUCAAUUGCCACAAUAAACUAUUGUUUUGUAACCGCA